AUGACCACUGCCCAUGGUAGACUGACACCACCAGAUUCCGAGGAAGAGGACUUGAUUGAAGACCUUCAUCAGCUAACGAACAGCACACCGGACAAGACUCGCCACCACGAGACAAACUACCUCGAAGCGAAGUUGACUGCAUACGAGAGCGUUUCUCGGUCGACGCCUGACAAGAUGGAGGAUCAGGAGCAGCACGACAUGAUGAAAGUCACACUCCACUGGCAGAGUGAGAAGCUGGAACUCGGACUGGAGACAGAUGCGACUAUCUAUGACCUGGCACUAGUCUUCGCUGACAAGAUCAGUGCGGAUGUCGAGAAGGUCUCUCUUCUUGUCACGCCAAAGCCAGGAUUGCUGAAACAUCCUUUCUCCGAUGUUAAAAUCCAUGAUCUCCUUACCGACAGGACUCGGAUAAAAGCCAUUGGUACACCGAUCAAGGAUGUGCAGAAAUUGAACGACACCGCAGCACAGAUGGCGGCCAGAAAGCGAGCACGAGAAGCUGCAAGAAGAGAAGGCAGACACACCAAGUCCACACCAAAUCGCGAUUGGAAGAAGGUGCAAGAAGAGGCGACCUACACAUUUCAUGCCAUUGAACCACUAAAGUACCUUCCGAAUCCUGAGAAGAGCAGGCGGUACCUGGAAAGACUUGCCAACGAUCCAGGAAUCAAGGCCAGCAUGCGGAAGCACAAAUUCUCAGUUGGUCUCCUCACUGAAAUGAAUCCUGCCGAGCACACGACGCACGAGAGCAAGACUUUGGGUCUUAAUCGAAAUGCUGGUGAGGUUAUUGAGCUGCGAUUGCGCACAGAUUCAUACGAUGGCUAUCGAGAUUACAAGGUCAUUCGAAAAACUCUUUGCCACGAACUUUCACACAACGUCCAUGGUGAACACGAUCGCAAGUUCUGGGACCUGACAAAACAGAUCGAGAAAGAGGUAGAAUCGAAUGACUAUUUGCAUGGUGGACACAAACUGUCGCAAGAUGAAUUUUAUGAUCCAGAUGAUGUAUAUGAGGAUGAUCACGCAGAUGGAGGUGCCUGGAAAGGUGGUGAGUUUGUAUUGGGUGGUGUGGCUGACGAUAGAGGUCUGAGCAGGAGAGAUAUCAUGGCAAGAGCUGCGAUGUCGAGGAUACAGAAGCAAAAAGAUGCUGACGAGCAUCAAAAACAAGCUGAACCUGGCGCUCCGGGAUCGUCGUUCAGUGAGUAA